CUAAGGGUGGAGUUCCGUCUCUAGUAUGUAUGAAUCGUCCUCGCGCUGCACUGUCUUGUUGACGUACUAAAAUACGCAAUCUGAAGAGGCGGGAGGAUUGGUCAGAUUUAAAAAAUAGCUGGUGGCGGCUAUUCUCUGUAUCAAGCGAACCAAUUAUUAUUAUUGGCAAUAUAGAAAUAAGUUUUUAACAAGAAAGCAAUUAUAUGUAUUUGUUAGAAAAGUAGUUUCCAAGAUGAUGAAGCCCGCGAAAAGUAAGACUCCAAGGAGGCCACCCCCAAAGAAGCCAUCGAACACUAGUCUCAAAGAUCCAGUAGGGGUAUAUUGCCGUGUGCGCCCACUUAGUAAUGAGGAUCAGGAAUGUUGCAUUGAAGUAAUCAGUGAAACUACAAUUCAGUUGCAUCCACAUGAUGGCAUCAAGGUCAACAGGAAUGGAGAAUUUAAAGAACGUCAUCCCUCAUGUCUGCUGACACCUCCAGAAUAUGGCUUUACUUCAGAAUAUCGCAUUACUUCAGAAUAUCGCUUUACUUCAGAAUAUCGCAUUACUUCAGAAUAUCGCUUUACUUCAUAUGUCAAGGAAGAGAUAAAGAAAAUAAAGAGAAUGUCGAGAUAUAGUUUGCAUUCUUUUGGAAUCCUGUUUAUGAUGUCGUUAUCUACUCCGGCGGCUUCCGGCGAGAACGCCAACAGCACACUCCUUCAGGAGAAUCCAGCGCCUGUGGAACAUCACGAGUAUGCACCGGACAACAAAAACGCAACCGAAGCAUUCAAUUCUGAACAGGCAGAAUUGAGAGGUGAGGUCAAACAGUUAACUACAUUGGUCACUAGGUUGUUACAGAGGGAUAUGGCAAUUUACCAGCGUGACUUUCCUUUACCCUCUAACACUAUUAACGGUUUUAUGAACCAAGCAGCGAAACCUGUACAUGGGUCGCAAAGUUUAGGGGUGAAGAGGAAUGGUACACCCAUUGUGACCAACAACGGACAUGUCAAACAAUCAUUUCUAAAUGGAGAAGUAGAUAAAGGUAAAUUUAAGGUUUGCAACGACAAUUUGUCUGACCAAUUGUGGGAGCGUUCUAAUGACAGUUUUGACAUUCCCAAUGGGCAGAAACCUACACACACAAGUCCUGUUCCUGGUUUGGACAUUAUUGCACCUUUAUCCAGUAGCAACAUUAACAUUUCUGACUUUACUUUUGAUUUUUCCAUUUAUGACUACGAUUUAGAGGCCAAGAGGAUUGGUACUAAACCCAAGAGAGGACCACCUAAUAAGACCUAUUCGACUGUGACUGCCAACAGGGUUAAUUUGAAUGAGUCUGGUCAACAUCAAUACCAUCCACCAUCUGCGGUGGGGUCUGGCACUAGGGUGCUUGGUUCUGACUUAUUCAAUCAAUUUUUAUCUUUUGAUUUCCUUGUCGACAAUAAUGAAGCAUUCGAUAGGGUGGCACCGAUAUCCAGUCGAUCUAACACCCACGAGACUGUUAAUUUGAAGACUAUGAUUUAUUCUUUGGGGAAGAUGCUUAAGACCAUCAAUGGACUGAAAGUGGACAUUAUGUAUUUACAGAAAUGUAUUGAUGACAAGAUAGUUCCUAAAGGGUUAAGAUUUUUUAAGUUACCCUUAGGUAUUGAUUUAACGGAUGAGUGUACUAAAGAAUUUAACGAUUUUUUUGACAAAUGUGGAUUUAAUUAUAUUGGUUUACUUAUGAAGUUUUACGAUGAGAGAUUAAGUAAGUCCAUUCAUGAGGUGGAUUUACUGAACACUCAAAUAGUUAAUGAUCUAGUUUUCAAAGAUUGGGAAAAAUUAUACAAUAAGCAAUACAUUGAAGCCAAAAAAUGGGCAAACACACUAUGUAAGAGGAAAUUAGAUAAAAUUAAGAGGGAUAUAGGGAACAAUAUCACCAAAAAACAGCAUAUGUGUGGCCGAGGAAAAGGAAUUCUCAAGGGAAUCCAUGUAGGGUCCCUGACAUCAAUGAUGGUAAAGGGAUGUCGCGUUUUGACACUCAUCAUGAGCUUGAAGAGAAUCAAGGUUUUUAAGACAGAUGAUAAGAAUAAUAUGUAUGUACAAACAGAUGUUGAUGCACUUUUAGAAAGGCAGAAGAGAGCCAACCUGCCUACUGCUGUUGACAAGACCCCAUCUGCCAAGAAUAAGAUAGAUCCUGAAUUUGCUGAUAUGAUCAACGUACAGGAUCACUGUAAAGCUGAAGAUGUCGAUGAAGAUAGUGUUUACAGUGUGUUUGUUUCCUACAUAGAAAUUUAUAACAAUUACAUCUAUGAUCUCCUGGAGGAAAUUCCAUUUGAUCCUAUUAAGCCCAAGUGGAACAGUUGCAGCACUCCUUUGCGAAAUGCUGAGUUCAUACCACCUCAGUCUAAAAUUCUUCGAGAGGAUCAGAAUCACAACAUGUAUGUUGCUGGAUGCACAGAAGUUGAAGUGAAGAGCACUGAAGAAGCUUUUGAAGUAUUUUGGAAAGGCCAGAAAAAGAGACGCAUUGCUAAUACUCACCUAAAUCGAGAAUCUAGUCGUUCCCACAGUGUUUUCAGCAUUAAACUAGUGCAGGCACCUUUGGACGCAGAUGGAGAUAAUGUCUUGCAGGACAGAGAUCAAAUCAUAUUAAGUCAGCUUUCCCUGGUGGAUUUAGCUGGAAGUGAAAGGACAAACAGAACAAAAGCUGAAGGCAAUCGAUUAAGGGAAGCAGGAAACCACCACUGCCUACUUGGGACCUUAACUUCGUGUGUACUGUUCCUUGAAGAUUGCCAGUUAUGUGGAACUAAGAAAAUGGUGCCCUAUCGAGAUUCCAAGCUGACUCAUCUUUUUAAAAAUUAUUUUGAUGGGGAAGGAAAAGUACGAAUGAUUGUGUGCGUUAAUCCCAAUGCUGAUGACCAUGAAGAAACAUUGCUUGUUAUGAGGUUUGCUGAAAUGACUCAAGAAGUUGAAGUUGCCAGACCAGUUGACCGACCAUUAGUUGGACUAACACCUGGUCGUCGGUACAGAAAUCAGGCUUUUAAAGAGGAGCUUAAUCGCCGGCUAGAGGAACGUGGUGGCCCUAUAAAUGGAGGAAGCACUUUCAGAUCUAUGCUUCACGAGUGUGAAGGAAAUAUUGCCGCUAAAGAAAUUCAUGUUCAAGGGAAACUUGGUGAAAAGGAAAGGAUUAUUUCAGGACACAAGACUGAAAUGGAGCGUCUGGAAAAGAAAGUUAAAACCUUGGAAUAUAAGAUAGAAAUUUUGGAGAAAACUGCAACAAUUUAUGAAGAUGACAAACGAACUUUGCAGCAGGAACUGGAAAGUAAAAACCAUGCUAUACAGCGGCACCUAUCUGAUAAUCGGCGAUUAGAAGCAAGAAUACAAGGCGUGAUGUCAGACACAAAGGUGAAGUGGGAAAAGGAAUGUGAACGUCGUGUAGCAGCAAAGCAACUAGAAAUGCAGAACAAGCUAUGGGUAAAGGAUGAAAAACUAAAACAGCUUAAAGCAAUAGUUGCUGAAACUAAACCUGAGAGGACAGAGAAACCAGAAAAGCCAGAGAGACCUGCAAGAGAAAAAGACAAAGAAAAGGCAAUAAAACGGUCAGCCUCCCCACCCCCGGUACCACUCAACAGCCAACCACUUCAGCAUAUGCGCUCCAGCUCCUGUAACAGUAUUUCUGUGUCUUCCUGUAUUUCUGCAUGGGAGCAGAAAAUUCCUCAUUACACCAAACAGGCUUUUACAAGGGAUAGGCAAGAAGAACCAGAACUUACUAGGAAUUAUGUACAGAGCAGGAGACGAGGGAUGUGCCGAAUCGGAGAUAGUGAAGUUCCAGCUUUUAACAGUGAACUAGAAGUAGAAGAUGAUCCAUGUUGCAGGAAUGCACCACCGGUCCGACCCAGACACAGACGAUCACGCUCAGCUGGUGGGGAAAGAUGGGUAGAUCAUAAGCCAGUCACCAAUGUGGAGCUUGAUACGGUCAUGCAGCCAACUAUUCCAAACUCCAUCAAGGUGACAGUUCCAAAUGAAAAAGCAUUAGCAAAGUGUGAUAAGUACAUGCUAACUCACCAGGAACUAGCUUCUGAUGGAGAAAUUGAAACUAAACUCAUCAAGGGUGAUGUAUUCCGGACAAGAGGUGGUGGGCAAGCUGUUCAGUUUACUGAUAUUGAGAGGCUGAAGCAGGAGUCACCAACUGGAACAAGAAAACGAAGGUCUGGUGAAUCAGCAACUGCGGACCAAGAAACCACAGACUCUGAGUGGACUGAUGUGGAGACCAGGUGCUCUGUUGCAGUAGAAAUGAAGGCAGGAGCAAAUUAUGGGCCUGGAUUUCAGCAUCAUGCACAACCCAAGAGAAGAAAACCUUGAACUUCACUCAAGACCAGAGUACAGUAAUUGCACAACUUUAAAGGGAUGUAUUAGUACAUAUACACGCAACUGAAACCAGUGACUGACUACUGCUAUACUGAAUGUUUUAAUAUGUAUAUAUUUGUAUAUACGGCUGUGCUGGACAUUGGCUAAUAGGAGUAGGACUGUACAAAAUCUUAAUGUUUAAAAUAUGUUGGCUCUGUGCUGUAUCUUCAGUAUUACAAGAACUUCUUACUUUCUUGAUAUCUGUUUAGCUUGAUGUUCUGUUUUGUUUCUAUAUUAUAUCAAGUAUUUUAUUUCUUGGUGAGGUUAUCAAGUUAAAAAAGCAAGCAGAACCAAAAUGCCAAACACUGAAAUAUUGUUUUUUAAAUAGUUAUUUCUGAAGUAUGUGAAGUGUUUUUAAUUAUUUUCCUGUGUAUCACCCACCACAUAUAUGGUUUCAUAAUUCUAUUUUGGUAGUUGCUUUGUUCCUGAGCAGUUGUAGUCUCUUUGUAAGAGUGAGAGACUACAUGUUUUUUUUUCUGAGUGAUUCAUUUUAGACUGUUUCCCAACUCUGUAAUCUGCAUAUUUAUAUAUUCAUAUUUGUAUGUGUAGCUGUGGAGUUGCCUGAUGAAAAGUCUGCUAAAAAGAUUGCUGCAUAUUUGACUGUGCAUGUUGGAUAUGCCCCAUCAGAUUUGGAGCGUUGGUACCUAAAUAGAUUAGCAGCAUGGAAUACUCCAAAAUUUCAGCUGCUCAGUGGCUUUUCGUGAGCAGUUCAGGUAUCACAGCAAGUGCUGGAAAUUAUGUAGGCAAUUCUCCGCUGGUAAAUUCAUGUGUUUUUUCUGUUUGUUUUUGUCUUCUGUGUAAAAUGUUUGUAUAGAGGGGCUAGCAACGUAGUGGGCAACAGCAACAUAAUUUACUAAAGUGCAGGCGUAGUCUUUCAAAGUGAUGUAUAUAAAAAUGCAUUUUAAAUGGCUAUAACAGAUUAGAUUGCUUGUUUUACAACCGAGUAUGUUGCUGCCUAGUGUUUUGAGAGUUUUUCAUGAGUUUUGCUGCUAUGUACUUGGAAUGACGCACUUUAUGCAGAUAUGGCAAUUAGUAAACCCCUUUGUCUACAUUUGUUUA